ACGCUCCAGACCGGCCACCGCUCCGGAGCGAGCCCCGAGCCUCCCUCUGCCUGGAGUUGCAGUUCGUCUCCGAUCCCCUUGGGAUUUAAACCUUCUUGCAUAUAUAUAUUUUUUUUUCCCCUCCUUCCUCCUCCUCCUCCCGUCUUUUUCUCCCGUGCAAAGUGGAGCAGGAACUGCACCAAGGCAGCCCGCGAGAUCCUGCAAUACCGCUCCGAUUUGUCCCUGCUAUUAUUCCUAAUUAAUUAUUAUUUUUUGACCUCGCCCCAGCCGGGGAGGGAAGCGGGACCAUUCUCGGCAAGAGAAACAUUUCUCUCCUUAUCAAUAAAGAUUUUUGAUUUUUCCCCUCUCCGCGGAGGGGCCGGGUGUGGAGGGCAGGCACGGCGGGGGGGGCCGGCCCUCGGCGGAGAGCGCAGCCCCGCGGUCCCGGCGCGGCGCGGAGCGGCGGCCGCGGCGGGGGGAGGCGGCCCCAGCGCCGCCCGCGCGAGGGGGGCAGCCGCCCCAGACAGGUGAUGGGCGUUUCGGCUGCGCUCCGGAUCGACUCCUUGGGUUUCACUUUGGUCUGAUCUAAGCAAAUAUGCAGAAGUACCGGCUGGUCUAGUCCUAAGAGCCAAGAGGAGCGAGCGAGAGCGGCAGAAGGGAGAGCAGCCACGCUCCCGUAGCGAGGGGAACGUACAAACAGCGGCCGCGCCGUCAUUAAGCCACCGCCGCCCCGGGCAGCCCCGACCCACCCUGGAUGCGGAGGACCCCCGAGCCACCCCGCUGCCUUUCCCCUGAGGGAUGGUACUGAAUUCCUGCGCGGCAGGAGCCGGCCUGCAGCUCCUCUUCAUCAGCGUUGCCUUCCCUCCGUGUCUAAAGUGCACUAGACCGCGAUGAGGACCUGGGCUUGCGUUUUGCUGAUAGGUUUUGGGUACCUGUCCUUUACCUUCUGCGAGGAGGCCGAGAUCCCGCAGGAGCUCAUCGAGCGGCUGGCGCACAGCGAGAUCCACAGCAUCCGCGACUUGCAGCGCCUCCUGGAGAUUGACUCCGUAGGAUAUGAUGAUGUUUCAGAAACAAACUUGAGAUCUUACAGUGUUCAUUCUGCUAAACAUGUGCAAGAGAACCGUCCUGUGCCCAUUCGCAGAAAAAGAAGCAUUGAGGAGGCCAUCCCGGCAGUGUGCAAGACGCGGACGGUGAUCUACGAGAUACCUCGGAGCCAGAUCGACCCCACCUCGGCCAACUUCCUGAUAUGGCCGCCCUGCGUGGAGGUGAAGCGCUGCACCGGCUGCUGCAACACCAGCAGCGUCAAGUGCCAGCCCUCCCGGAUACACCACAGGAGUGUCAAGGUGGCAAAAGUGGAGUAUGUUAGAAAAAAGCCAAAAUUAAAAGAAGUUCUGGUGAGAUUAGAAGAGCAUAUGGAAUGCACCUGUACAUCAUCAAAUACUAAUUCAGAUUAUAGAGAAGAAGAAACUGGCGAGGCCGAGGCAUGGAGAAAAGCCUGUGCAAGGUCAUACAGCAAGGCUGUGGCAGAACCAGGGAGAGGACUCAGAUCUGAGUGCUCAUCCAGUGCCCUAAAUCACACGACCAUCUUCCCUUUCCAAGAAUGAAUCCUUGCACCCUUAGAGCUAAAUACUGAAAAGAUUGAGGGUGAAAAAAGGAUCCAGAAGAGAUACUACUUAUAAGGAUCAUUCAGUGACAAAGUAUGUGUUCGCAGAGAAGGCUCAUGCUUAAAUCUUUCAGCAGUUAAUUAUCAUCUUUACAGACCAUAAUACUAGAAUACUUCACUUAUCAAUGCAUCAGGGCUUGGAUGAACUUUGAGACGCAUGAAAACAAGACACUCCUUAGGCCUGUGGUAGCUCUGUGCUCUGGUAACUGAUCAACCAAUUACAUAAUUGGUCAGGUCUCUGCCUUGCAGGAGCAGAUACAACUCCAUUGACUUCUCUGGAGGUGACACUUACCUGAGAACUGACCCGAAACUCUUGCCACGAAGCAGAUAAUGGUUUCAUAUUUUGCUGUUUAGUGUUGUUGUAAAAAUAGACUCGUUUCCUGGAGCAGUUAGAACAAGAAAAUAGGGAAAAGCAAUUUCCCACAGAGACUCAUCCACGCUGGAAUUCACUGAGGACCCCGGAUGUGAACAUGUGCUGAUAGAAAACAUAAAACAGCAACUUUGUUUAGGGAAGCCUCUGACCUGUCAAAAAUGCAGAGCAUUUCUUACCAGACUUUUCCUUGGCAAUUAGUGGGUAGAAUUACUCAUAGAAAUUGUUUUGUUUGCUCGCAAGGGGAGAAGUAAGACAUAAAUUCAAGAUAGCCCCUCUGACCACAAGAAAGACUCCGUUCACAGAGGGCCUGUGGGUGAAGUGCUGUGUGGCCUCAGCUCCCUUUGGGGAUGAACUCAAACUUUUAGACCUCAGUGAAGUAUGAAGGACCCCUCCAGACUUGCUGGAUAUCCCUAGCUGGAUUUUUUCAGCAGUCUGAGGGAUUUGGGCAUCCAUUUUUAAUUCAUUUUUUCGUAACUUUCAAGAAACCCUUGUUGGCUUCAGAACAUCUCUGUUCUGAAGAGAGACUAGUUUUGACCCAAUGAUGUUAUUGUGACUUCUGCCUUCCAUGUCUAGCCAGCAGCACCCAAACCUUGGAUUUCAGACUUUUCAGAUGGGGAGCCCCCUUCACUCCAGCUGUGCUUCACCUUUGCUUAGCACUUUGGCCUUUACAUGCAUUUUCUGUAUAAAGGUGGUGCUGGUUUAACCUGAAGACCAGGGAAGUUUCAAAAGGCCAGAUUUCACCUCUGGGCCCUGCUCAACUGCUGGUGGAGUCUGUGUGGGGCCAGAGGAGGAGGGAGAGAGGGAGAAGAGAUGCUCCAGCACUUCCAGUGUGGGUGAGGCCUGAGGGCUCACCCCUCAGACAUUUCUUGGCCCAAACUCCCCCACUGCAAAGCAUUCUGCUCAGAAGUCUCCUUGGAGCCAGGAAGCUCCUCAGAAACCUGCCCAAGAUCUGAAUUCCCCUUGACUGCAGGGGGUUUCCACAGCUAAAGUGACAGAAACAUUUAUCCCACAUAGAGUGGUUUCUCCAACAGGCCACGUAGGAGUCAGACAGGUUGAUGCUCAGCUGCUGUACUUCACUGAUUGCCCCAAAUACUGCUUUUAAAUCAAAGUUUAGCUGCUCUGGGACAUGUUUCUUGUAGAGGUGCUUCAGAAGAGCUGGCCUAGCUUGUACCCAUUUGUUGUGAUGAGCCUCUGGUCCAUCCAGAGUGGUUGGGCCAUGCCUGCUUAGCUAAAGGGUUUUCGGACCUUGCAGCUGGGGUUGGGGAGUGCAAAUGUUUCCCAUUAGCUCCCUGCAUACCCUAAGUUGUGAUUCAUCAAGGGAGACAGUGCAGAGCUGAACUUGAGGCACGAGAGAUGUUUCUUUGAAAUUACUUGUGCUUAAAGUUAGGCAUGAUCUGAGUUGGCUUGCUGAGCUGAGGCCUGAAGGCACAGUGAGCCCACUGUGCUAACACAGUGCAGUUUAGUCUUUUCCUCUUAAGCAUUGUCCAGAGUGAUGUGAGUUUCACAAGGGUCUGAAACCUUUCAAUAAACCAUUCCAUAGUAAUGAGGGAGAUCUUUAUUCUGUGGUUUUCUGCCAGUAAACUCAGGUACACUGGAGAGCCCAGAGCUAAGCUUGCUCCCUCUGGGCCUUCCCCUUCCUUAGUUUCUUCAGAAUGUUUCUUUUCAAAGGCAAGUGGGAAAAAAAAAUCCUAAAAUGGGACCUAAAAAAGGUGGGGAAUUAAGCAGAUCAUAUAAUCUUGAUUCCUUUAUCUCACUUAAUUAAGGAGAAGUUUGCCAAUAGUGAUCUGGUAUUUCCUAAAACAAGCAUAUAUGAAGAACACUUUGAGGAACUUCAAAAGAAUUUUCAGGCUAGAUCAGGAAAAGAUAAAAACAGAAGUGGAAACUUCUAAUACACUUUAUAUUUCAGUACUUACAGGAAGUACAUUGUUGCAUAGGAUACUAAUGAAUUCUGCAGGAGGAGGUUUCCAAAAGAAAAAUGAAAUGGCACCUUCUCUAUCUUAGAGAAAAGGUCUGAGGGCUUUUGCAGUUAUGACAGAUAUGCAGUGGAUAUGUAUGGUCAUAUCACCUGGAGAGAGUCUAUCUCUGGCAAAAGGCUAUUUGGAGUUUCAAGUGUGUACACUAUUGAAUUUCUGUGGCAACUUCCUGGUCUAGCUGUGAAAAGUGAUAAAGGGAAUGGUAAAAGUCUAUCUUGCUUUCAGUUGCCCUGUUCUACACCCCAAAGGACAGAAAUGCUGUCCUGUGUGCAGCUGGGUGCAGGAAGCUUGGCAGGAACAUGCUGGAGUGGCUAAGGAUGAACACAUAUAGUUGGUGCUGAUGUUCCCAACCAGGCAGUGAGGCCAGAAAAGUGAAAAUAGCAGCAUGGAUACUUCAAUACACCAGUGACACUUGUCUGGAAAAAUUAUUACUUGACAGAGUCUUAAUUAACUCAAGUGAAGAAGUAAUUCUAAAAUCCCAAUUUUGGAAUCCCAGAGAGUUAAUGCUCUCAGAAAAGAUGUGAUACAGGAUUGCUUCACAUUUGUAAAGCACACAGAAAUCACAGGUUAACAGUUUUGUACUGUUUGAAGAGUUCUCUGGUGUCAGCAGAGUCCUCUGUGGUGCCUUGAGAGUGGAGGGUUUGUGCCCCAGGCUCAGCUCAAGUGUUUAAGCCCAAGUAUGAACAUAUUUUAGGCAGCAAGGCAUUUCCAUCAGGACUGAAGUACAUGGACAUUUUUUUUCUUGUCUUCAGGCAAGACAUUUAAAUAUGGGGUUAGUUGCUCUUUGUAUCUUCAGGGCCCCAGAUCCUUCUUAGCCUAUGGUCACUGGAAGGCUCUCUGACUGAAAAUCCAGAGGCCUUUGCCCUUGUAAAAGUUUCUACUCUUGCUUGGAAGUGAGAUUUGGACUCCUGAGUUACAAAGAUGCUUUAGCAAUUGUUUUAUCUGUCUUUGGCUUCUUUAUAAAUCAACCUGCUUGGUCUGAACUGAAUGUUUAAAUAAUAAACAGCUAAAAGACUCUCUGAUGGCUUCUUUCUGAGUGUUUCCCUUAGGGAGCCCUUGGGAUCACAUGGCAUCUGCCCUGACCUUAAGAACCUGCUUUCUGGAGGCUUUUUUACAAUGCUAACAAACCUCACAUUUUAACUAGCUGUUAAAUAAGCCAGUCAGUGGUAACUAUUCAGGACAGGGAUUAGGAGAGUAUUCUUGCUGGCAUACAAGAUGGCUCUGUCCAUGUGCUGGCCAGGGAUGAAGGGCUGGAAAACUGUGUGGUGGAAGAGACUAUUAAUGUGAUUUUCCACAACU